AUGGGCGUCUCCCACUCUCCUCCUUCUCCAUCUCCUACCAUCCACCUUCCCCUUGUCACCACCAUCAAACCUCCCCGACCACCUCAACGUGCCCAGGGCGUCCCAAUGGACGCCCUGGGCUCUGCAAUUCGCACCCCAGCGCCUCGGUUCAAGACCGCGGCGCCCGUCGUCGUCCCGUGCGCCUGCACGCCCCAACCGCGUACAAGACGCGGCGGGGCAUGUACCUCGACCCUCCUCGGCCGUCGUCCACGCCCCGCGCUCAAAACGGGCGGCCUUACGGCCGUCCGCGCCCGCGCGCUGCCCGCCCUGCUGCUGCUCCUCCUCCUCGCCCUCGACCUCGCCCUCCCACCGUCCGACCCCCUCCCCGACCACCUCAACGCGCCGAGGACAUCCCAAUGGACGCCCUGGGCUCUGCAAUUCGCACCCCAGCGCCUCGGUACAAGACCGCGGCGCCCGUCGUCGUCCCGUGCGCCUGCACGCCCCGACCGCGUACAAGACGCGGCGGGGCAUGUACCUCGACCCUCCUCGGCCGUCGUCCACGCCCCGCGCUCAAAACGGGCGGCCUUACGGCCGUCCGCGCCCGCGCGCUGCCCGCCCUCCUCCUCCUCCUCCUCCUCGCCCUCGACCUCGCCGUCCUGCCGCCGUCCUGCCUCCCCGACCACCUCAACGUGCCCAGAGCGUCCCAAUGGACGCCCUGGGCUCUGCAAUUCGUAUCCCGGCGCCGCGGUACAAGACCGCGGCGCCCGUCGUCUGCCGGUGAGCCCCGCUGCCCCGUCCCUCCUGCGCGAUGCCCCGUCCCACCUCCCACAGUGCGCCUGCACGCCCCAACCGCGUACAAGACGCGGCGGGGCAUGUACCUCGACCCUCCUCGGCCGUCGUCCACGCCCCGCGCUCAAAACGGGCGGCCUUACGGCCGUCCGCGCCCGCGCGCUGCCCGCCCUGCUGCUGCUCCUCCUCCUCGCCCUCGACCUCGCCCUCCCACCGUCCGACCCCCUCCCCGACCACCUCAACGCGCCGAGGACAUCCCAAUGGACGCCCUGGGCUCUGCAAUUCGCACCCCAGCGCCUCGGUACAAGACCGCGGCGCCCGUCGUCUGCCGUGCGCCUGCACGCCCCAACCGCGUACAAGACGCGGCGGGGCGUGUCCCUCGUCCCUCCUCGGCCAUCGCCGCGCCCCGCGCUCAAAACGGGCGGCCGUAUCGCCGUCCGCGCCCGCGCGCUGCCCGCCCUCCUCCUCCUUCUCCUCCUCGCCCUCGACUUCGCCGUCCUGCCGCCGUCCUGCCUCCCCGACCACCUCAACGUGCCCAGAGCGUCCCAAUGGACGCCCUGGGCUCUGCAAUUCGUAUCCCGGCGCCGCGGUACAAGACCGCGGCGCCCGUCGUCUGCCGACGCGGCGGGGCAUGUACCUCGACCCUCCUCGGCCGUCGUCCACGCCCCGCGCUCAAAACGGGCGGCCUUACGGCCGUCCGCGCCCGCGCGCUGCCCGCCCUCUCCUCCUCCUCCUCCUCGCCCUCGACCUCGCCCUCCCACCGUCCGACCCCCUCCCCGACCACCUCAACGCGCCGAGGACAUCCCAAUGGACGUCCUCGGCCCCUCGAUUCGCACCCCGGCGCCGCGGUACAAGACCGCGGCGCCCGUCGUCGUCCCGGACGUCCCAAUGGACGUCCUCGGCCCCUCGAUUCGCACCCCGGCGCCGCGGUACAAGACCGCGGCGCCCGUCGUCGUCCCG